UGGUCCUCGGUCAUGUGACCAUAGUUCUCCCGUACCUCGCGCACUCCUUGAUAUCUUCCUGUUUCUGCGAGAAAGACGGGGAUAGAUGAGUCGGAUGCGGUAACAGUUCAUUCAGCACAAUGAAGUUGAUCAUCCUCAGUAACUAUGACCAGGCCAGUGAAUGGGCUGCAAAGUACAUUAGGAAUAAAAUCCUUCGCUUCAAUCCUGGUCCCGACAGAUUGUUCACGUUGGGACUUCCUACUGGCAGUACACCACUAGGAUGCUAUAAAAAGCUAAUUGAAUAUUAUAAGAAUGGAGAAAUAUCUUUCAAAUAUGUCAAAACCUUCAACAUGGAUGAAUAUGUCGGACUUCCCAGAGAACACCCUGAAAGUUACCAUUCGUUCAUGUGGAACAACUUCUUCAAGCACGUAGACAUUCGGGCAGAGAACACCCACAUCCUGGACGGCAAUGCGUGCGACCUGCAGCAGGAGUGUGAGGCCUUCGAGGGGCUGAUCACUGCUGCAGGCGGGAUUGAACUGUUCGUAGGAGGCAUUGGGCCGGACGGCCACAUUGCUUUCAACGAGCCGGGAUCCAGCCUGCUAUCCAGGACGCGAGUGAAGACCCUGGCCAGGGACACCAUCCUGGCCAACGCUCGCUUCUUCGACGGGGACCUGUCCAAGGUGCCCACCAUGGCUCUGACCGUGGGUGUUGCCACCGUCAUGGACGCCAAGGAGGUGAUGAUCCUAAUCACAGGAGCCCAUAAGGCCUUCGCUCUGUACAAGGCCAUUGAGGAGGGUGUCAACCACAUGUGGACGGUGUCCGCCUUCCAGCAGCAUCCGCAGACCAUGUUUGUGUGUGACGAGGACGCCACGCUGGAGCUCAAGGUCAAGACCGUGAAGUACUUCCAGGGAAUGAUGCAUGUGCACAACAAACUGGUGGCGCCUCCAGUCUGAGUGAGCUGGGAUGCUGCUUUACGUUUCUGUGUCGUUGUCUGGUUUUAGCACGUAGGCCUACUAUUGAAUGACUUUGUACUUAUAUGUUGGUCGAUAGUUCCAUUGCUGUUUCUUUAUGAUCACAUGAACCAAUUAUUCCACAACCUUGCAUUUGCAAGUAUUUGUCCUUUAAAUAAAAUACCUUCGAUUGUC